AUGGGAAGGGUCGGGGAGAAGCUCGAUAUCGACUUUGUUAUAUCCACCGGGGACAACUUCUACAAGAACGGCCUCAAGGGCGUGCACGACCAGGCAUUUAAAGAAUCAUUCAUGGAUAUAUACACAGCUCAAAGCUUACAGAAGCCAUGGUACUCAGUUCUAGGAAAUCAUGAUUACAGGGGCAAUGCGCUCGCACAGCUUAGCCCAGUCUUGAGGAAGAUCGACGACCGAUUCAUUUGCAUGAGAUCGUUCAUCGUUAACGCAGAACUUGUGGACUUCUUCUUUAUCGACACCACUCCAUUCCAAUUGGAGUAUUGGACUCACCCUGGCAAGCAUCGUUAUGACUGGAGAGGGGUGGCGCCUCGAGGCAAGUACAUAGCCAAUUUGCUGAAGGAUAUGGAUGUGGCUAUGAAGAGAUCAACUGCAAGGUGGAAGAUUGUGGUUGGGCAUCACACCAUGAGGAGUGUGAGUGAGCACGGGGACACCGAGGAGCUUCUGGAAUUACUACUUCCAGUCCUCAAGGACAAUGGUGUCGACUUCUACAUCAAUGGACACGAUCACUACCUAGAGCACAUUAGCAGCAGAGACAGUCCACUCCAGUAUUUCACAAGCGGAGGCGGUUCCAAGGCAUGGAGAGGAGUCUUCCAUCCAAACAAGGACAAGCUCCGGUUCUUCUACGACGGGCAAGGGUUCAUGUCCCUCCAGCUGAACCAAGACCAGGCUCACUUCAUCUUUUACGACGUUUUCGGGAACAUACUGUACCGAUGGAGCUCGAGACAUCCUCAAUCCUCCACCUAUCUCGAUGAGGAAUAAAUUGGAUUGAUUUUGCCCCAUUGAUAUGUACAAAACACCGCCUGUCAACUGUCAUGUAU